AUGGUUGCACACAAGUACACAGAUGAGCAGUUGAACUCCUUCAAGUUUUAUGCCAUUGUCGUCGACGAAUUCCCUAAAGCCUUGCGCCAAACUUUCAAACACAUGUGGGAUAAUUUCGGACCGGGACCCAUCUGGGAUGACUCGGAAGCUGUAAGAAGCUUGUUUUUGGGACUAGAGGGAAGCAACACCAAAGUUCCCACAAAUGAGUCGUUUGAGAAGUGGGAUUGCACCGCGCUGUUUCAAGCCACUAUCUUCGCGAAAAUCUUCUCUUUACCGGACAGCAGAGGUAACCUUAAAACACUCAGUGAGUUGUACGUAAAGCCCAUGAAGCCCCGUGGAGGUUUCCACACCUCUGUGUUAAGUUCGGGUGGCAAUGAUGCGGAAACGUUCGCCCUUGCGAUUGAUCAGUUGCGACUCCUCCGGAAUUCAAUUGUUCACCCUGCCAGUUCAGAAAUGGAUAAAACAACAUUUGAUCGGUACAUUGAACUCGCUAAAGACGCGUUCGAUGCUCUUGGAGUGGCGACAGACUCAAUUGAUGCCGUUGGAAGUUCGACGGAGUCUCACUUUCCAACUGAGGAAGUUGCUCGGUUGAAGCGCAAUAUCUACCUUAUGGCAGUUAGUACCGGAGUUUUAUUUGAUUAG